GUCGAAUGUUGGUGCCGCCUAGAAUGACUGUCAUUGCACCACUGGAUCGGGGUCAGAGUGCAAUUUUCGACGGGCAUGACACCAGCAGCAACGAUCCUCACCAGUGCGAGUACGACGAUCAUGGACGAUGCAUUCUUUGGCCGCGACGCCGCCUUGACGUCGCUCUUGCUUGACGACGCGUUCGCCCCAAGUGACGCGUUGGCCGACGACGCGUUCCUGACCGAGUGCUUCUUUCCCGCCAGCGACGACAAAGACCAGCACGACGAGUCGGCCAAAACGACGCUGCGACAGGCGCGCGACCGCCGCCACCGCGCCAAGCUCAAGUCCGAGCUCGACACGCUCCGGGAGACUGCCGCGUCGCUCACUGAGCGCCUCGAGGCGCUCCAGACGACGCAGCUGCAUAAAGACGAGGCGUCGUCGGCGUGGCAGCAGCGCGCGCGCCGCCAAGCGACGCAGCUCCAGCGCUCGAUCCAGGAAAACCACAAACUGCGCGAAGCCGUGACCGGUCAGCUCUCGAUGGCCCACGCCUUUCAGCGCAUCGUCGCCAAGCGCCCGCGCCACCCGGAGCUGCAAAGCGACAAGACUCUGCCGUUCUACAGCCUCACCGAUGCACCAUGUCGACGCACGAGCAUCCGCGCGCUCGUGACGCGGGAAGUGUCGUCGCUCAACACGACGCUGCUGCGCUUUGGCCUCCUCGAUGGUCCGAUGCGCUGCGAGGCCGUCCGGCGCGAUAGCAUCUCCGGCGCCGUUGAGAUCGUCUACAGUCGACCGGUUGCUCUCUCGGCCUCGGCGGCGGUCGCAGCGCUCUGGCAGCGCUUGUGCGGCAAGGCGGCGCCCGACUACACGGGUCUAGAAGAGGUGGGGGACGAUCUGGGCUACGCGAAAUACGCAGCAUCCGUCUUUGAAAGCCGGCUCGCGCUCUUGCGCACUGCACUCGACGGCCAUGACGUGCUGGUCUGGCGCUCGAUCCUCGAAGACGACCGAUUUCCCCUUGGCGACGACACGAUUCACGACAACUCGAGCGGCUGGCUGCGGAUUGAGAGCGUGACGGCCUCGACGUGUCAUGUGACAGUGGUCGUGCACUCGCUCGCGCCGCCAAACGCAAGCGACUCGUCACAUUUGCACCUCGCCCAUGCGAUCGAGACGCACCAAGUGCAUCGUGUCGAGAGCUUCUUUGAUGCGCUGCAGGUGUCCAGCGUGCUACUCUAGUCGUCGUUAGUUAGUUCAUCUCCACGUCAAAUCGCUGGCGUCAAUAUAUAUAUAGUCGAAUCGAGGGUUUCUUCGG